UAACAGAUCCAAGCAGGCGUUCUAUUUGCUUCUGUCGUAGGCAAAGUUUGAAUUUUAUAAAUUCCAUUUUUCGGAAGAGAAAAUUCUUGAGUUAUUCUGUUAUUUUGGUAUGGUUAAUAAUGAGUAUUAGGAAAUCGAAAUUGCUGCAGUCGCUGGAGGAGUCAGUGGCACCCGUCGACCACGAGGACGUCGUCCGUUCGAUUGCCGACCAGAUCCGCCAGCCUCUCAUGGAUCCCAUUGAACGGAGUCUGGGCUACAAGGCGGAUCUGAGCAUCCUGCACCUAGAGGAUGCCAUGAAGUUCAGGGAUUCGAUGGAGUCCUUUCACAUUUCACCUACAGCCGAAUCCCUGGAUGAAGUGAUGCCCGUAAAAGAUGAGGACCUCGGAGAGAUGUUGGAGGCCCUGACGGAGGUGAUUCUUAAUGAGGCUAAUGAGGGCGAGAUGGAAGAGGAGGAGGAGGAUGAAGAUGUAGAAGAAGGCGAAGAUGAGGAUGAUGAUGAUGAAGAGGAUGAAGACCUGAACAAUGCCUAUGACAAUGGUGAAGAAACAAGCAACAAAACAAGGGAAAUCUCAGAUCAAAAUAAAAACUUAUUUUAAGGAAAUAAAUUUAAUAUUUAGAUAAGGAUUUGCACGAAAUAAAUGUAAGAUUGGCUAACUUAUAAAAGAGAAA